AUGAUUAAUAAUAAUGCUACGGAACUUAUGUUGGAGAUGAAGCGUUCUAUCGGUCACGUCACAGCUAUCAAGACUAUAAUCUUUACUAACCCUCCCCACAACUCGGCGUCUGCCACCAACGACACGUUCCUCUCGCGUGUGUUUGGUCUCCAUUCAGUCUACAAUCAGCUCCAUGACAACUACCAAUUCUACGAUCCUGACCUCGAAAACAGUCCCUCCAGACUAGAAGAUGAUGGUCCCAAUCCAGUCCCAAUCCAGCCAGAAAGCGUUCUUUUGGCUCCUACCGCCACAAACAACACCCUAUUGGACUCGGAGUCCGAUCUGGACUUGUCACUGUCGCCAUCGGCGUCGGGAUCGCCCAAACUCAACGCCACUGACUCUGUUAAGACCAGAAAGAAGACCCACGCUGGACUGCCUCCUGGCCACAUCAAUUGGAACGUGGGCCAGGCUGCGUUGCACGACGAUCACAAUAGCGAUGAAGACGACUUGUUGACCAGCUUGAACAGACCCAGUCCUCCCAAGCCCAGAAAGCUCACAUUCAACAUCCCCAACCCACGCAACUACUUCCACAAGUCGAGGGAGCCUCCCUUGCCACUUUUCAACACAGCUCCUGGGGCCACACUGGCUUCCUCGUACCGAAAACCAGUCCCCAAGGAGCCUGUGGCUCCUACCAACACCGAAUUGUUCCAAAGAAAGAGACCCCAGAAGUUCGUGGUGCCUCCCAAGGAACGUGCCCUCUACUUGUGGGCCAACAUCAUGAACAUGGACGAGUUUCUCACCGAUAUCUACUACUACUAUCGAGGAAAGGGCCUUCUCAAUAUCGUGGUCACCAGGGUGGUUGAUCUCGUCAUCUUGGUGUUUGUGUUGUACUUCUCCAUUUUCCUCAAAUGGGGCAUCAACUACCAGAUCUUCUACGAUAACUACAAGACCAAGACCCAAAUCACCCUUGGAGACUUGAUUAUUCCUCAUUUUAUCAUCAACGAAGUGCCUUGGGGAGUCAAGCUCUUGCUCCUCGGCUUCUUUGGCUACAUUGUUCUAAGGUUGAUCCAGUUGUACUUCGACUACAACUACAAGUUGCGGGAGAUCAGAAACUUCUACAUCCAUCUCAUAGGCAUCGCCAACGACAAUGAGUUGAUGACCAUUUCCUGGAAAACGAUCGUGGAAAGGCUAAUGCUUCUCAAGGACUACAAUAGCUUAACAUCAACCAACGAGCCAAGCAACCCUGACCAUCAUUACCACAGCGACUUGAAAUCGAAAGUCCGUCUCAAUGCUCAUGAUAUUGCCAAUAGAAUCAUGAGGAAGGAAAAUUACUUCAUUGCAUUGAUAAACAAGGAGGUCCUAGACUUAUCGUUGAAUCUUCCCUUCAAAUCAAUUCUGGUCAUCAAUAGCAAGUCUAUCUUGACAAAAACCUUGGAGUGGAAUUUGAAGUUAUGUAUUAAUAAUUUCAUUUUUAACCCACAGGGCCAAAUCAAUCCCAAUAUAUUGAAGGAGCAUAAUAGAAAUCAAUUGUCUAGAGAGCUCAAUUCACGGUUCAAAAUGGCGGCGAUUAUCAACCUUAUACUAAGUCCAUUUAUUGUGAUCUACUUCGUGUUGCUUUAUUUUUUCAGGUAUUUCAAUGAGUACAAGUCCAAUCCUUCUUCAUUGCUUGGCUUGAGACAGUACACCCCAUUUGCACACUGGAAAUUGCGAGAGUUCAACGAGUUGCCACAUUUUUUUAUCCGAAGAUUGCAUCUCUCUGUUGGUCCAGCGAACACAUAUAUCAACCAGUUCCCAAGAGGCUUCAUAGUGGUCAAUUUGAUGUACCUCGUUAAUUUUAUACUGGGUUCGAUUAUGGCCAUUCUAGUCAUUAUGGGACUCUGGUUUGAGGAUGAAGAACACAGUUUCUGGUCUUUCGAAAUUACUGAAGGAAAAUCGAGUUUAUUCUAUAUCAGUUUCUUUGGUACCGUGUGGGCAAUUACAUCAACUUCAAUGGACUCCCCCAGUUCCUCAACAAACUCCUCUGAAAAUGCCAACACGAACACUUCGUCGUUCGUGUAUGACCCUGAAGCUAGCUUGCGUUAUGUUUCCCAAUUCACCCAUUAUUUGCCUAGCUCUUGGAACGGAAGACUCCAUACCAUGGGUGUCAAGAAUGAAUUUUGUGAGUUAUACAGCUUGAAAAUCGUUAUAAUUGUGAAUGAAAUUUUAAGCUUGAUCUUGACACCAUUCAUCCUUUGGUUCAAGGUUCUGAACAACUCAGGUGCGGUGAUUGACUUUUUCAGGGACUUCUCCAUCCAUGUGGAUGGGUUGGGAUACGUCUGCUACUUUGCAAUGUUCAAUUUCGAGGAGAAGGAUAAGAACAUGAUGUAUGACUUGAACAAGAAGAAGCCUCAUAGGCACAGGUAUAGCAGUAAAUCGAAAAUUGCUACUACAAAGUCAAAUCGGCAGGUGACUCCAGGAGAAAUAGAGCUUGAAAACAUCAGACCCAACCGUAAUGAAAAGGCUAAGAUAAGCGACUCCGAGGCAUCUGAUUCUGAUGAAGUUGCGAGUGACACAGGAUUGAAUAAUGACUACUACCAAGAUGACAAGAUGAUCAAGUCAUACAUGUACUUCUUAGAAAGUUAUGGGGGAACCAAUGCGAAUGCUAGAGUGACUCCCCCAGAGAGUAAGCCUGUGGCCAGAAAGUAUCUUGCCCCUACUCCACUCCAAGCGGCCAAAAUUGGUGAGGAUGUCAAUCAUCAAGCUCUGCAUUCUCAAUUCGACCCAUCGCCUUCAUUAAUAUACCCAGGACAAGGCAAUGCAAACAGUCUGCUUAGCCAUAGCUUGAGUGAGUCCACAUAUAAUAUUAACUAUAAGUUCGAAGAGCUGGAUCAAAAUGAGUAUCACAAAGGCAAGAAAUCGGGAGUUCUAGGAAUGUUAAACCAGUUCUACAAACAAGAUAUCAACAGAUAA